AUGGUUUUUAUUGUUUUCACAAGCAUUCGAUUGGUGAAGCAGGCAUUAAGCAACUUGCUGUUGUUACUUUCAGUGUUCACUUGGCUAACUCUUGUGCCCCCUGCUUAUUUCAAUGGCUAUCUCGAAGGUUGGCCCUUUGUCUUCUUCUUUGUAUACCUUUAUUUCUAUUUCUUCAAUGUUUGUGUAAGAAAACGACUCUAUGGAGAUUAUUAUGCUCGUCCACAUGAUCCUAAGUGGGAUGUCAACCCACCGAAAUGGUAUUGCCUUUUAUACUGUGUUGGGGUUAUGGUUGGCCAUUGGUUUGCUGCAUUUGAAGCACUGGAUCUGCAUCGUAUCCCGGGCGACUGGAGCAAUGUUGGAGUUUGGAUAUUGAUUGUGGCAACCCUGUUGAUUCAAUAUAGUUCAACAGUGUAUCUUGCAAAGUAUUCAGAGAAGGUUGUGGUGCCAACUGCCGUUGUACGAUUUGGGCCAUAUAGAUGGAUUCGGCAUCGAAUAUAUGCAUCUACGAUGCUUUUGUUUGCAAGUUAUUGUAUUGCACUUAGAGCACCUCUUAGCUUGAUAUUUGUUGUAGCAGUUUUUUCGAUGUAUUAUGAUCAGAAAGCAAAAUUGGAGGAGGUUUUAAUGGUAGAGACAUUCGGGGAGAGUUUGUAGUAUGCAAGUAAAGUUAGGUACAAAUUCUUACCUUUUGUGUACUAGUUGCAAACAUGUAUGCAAUUGUUAAAUUAUGCAAUGUAAUGAAAUUGUUUAGACCAUUUACGCUUUGGCAUUGGGGAAGUGCUAGGCAGUGCUUUUACUGAAA